ACUUUAAUUUUGAUCCCUCUAACCACUUAUGAGCAUCCUUGAAAGUCUUGGUCUUUGUUUAAUGUUUUUAGUAGGUGAAAGUUUUGGUCUUCUUGGACUUUAUAGUUUUCUCUCUUCGUUAGCUCAUUUUAUCACUUUGCUUCACCAUAACCCAUGCUCGUCCCCCUGCUCAACCGUGUUCUACUCCUACUCAUCCGAACCUAGCGUAUGUGCUUGCUGGAUUGCUGUGGUUGAUACUAAUCCCGUUCACCGGACUACUCCAAGAAGUCUACACUUAAAAGUUUACGAAUUCACCCAUGGCCAUUGGGGAGAUCCUUUUGAGUGCCUUCCUUCAAGUCUUGUUUGAGAAGUUGGCUUCACUGGGAUUGCGCUAUGCGCAAAGGGAAGGAGAACCACCCUUCUCUGGAAUUAGUGUUGACCUACUCAAUAAGUGGGAGAAGAUGCUGGUUACAAUUAAUGCAGUGCUGGCUGAUGCAGAGGACAAGCAACUAAGCAACAAAGGUCCAGUGAAGCUAUGGCUAGAUGAUGUUAGGGACUUGGCCUACGACAUGGAAGACUUGCUUGAUGAGUUCGCUAUUGAAGCCACCCAAGCCAAGUUGAAGGCAAAAUCCAGCACAAGCGGAGGUCUAAUGAAAUGGAAGUUCCCUUUAAUUACCCAAUAUAAAUCCUCCACAUCAAAUCCAAACCUGCGCUCACUCGUCUCUGAAGCUAAGGUACAGAAGAUCUCUGACAAGUUGGAAGAGAUUGUCAAGAGGAAGGCUCAUCUAAGCUUGAUAGAGAAUGCUAUGAACAGAUUUGACUACAUCGACAAAAGGCUCCCCAGUAGUUCUCUACCAGAGCCUCGAUUUUUUGGUAGGGAAAAGGAAGAAGCAGAAAUAUUUGAACUCUUGAUUGAUGAAGCCGAAAAUGUCGAUACCACAUUGAGCAUAGUCCCCAUAGUUGGGAUGGGUGGUAUUGGAAAGACGGCCUUGGCUCAACGAUUGUAUAAUGAUGUCAAAGUGAGUAGCUGCUUCGAAAUGAGAGCAUGGGUUUGUGUUUCAGAUGUUUUUAAUGUUCCUGACAUAACCAAGACUAUUUUGCGGUCUAUCACUGAGGUGUCUAAUGAGGGUGAAGAUCUUAACAGGCUUCAAGUUAAGUUGAAGGAUAGUCUAUCAGGGAAAAAGUUUCUUGUGGUUUUAGAUGAUGUUUGGAAUGAAAACUACGAAGAAUGGACUACCCUCUUAAAGCCAUUUGGAGCUGGGGCUAAAGGAAGUAAGAUCAUCAUAACGACUCGCAACUAUACUGUUGUUUCCAAAACAGGAGCUUCAUCAUAUCCUUUGAAGGAGUUGUCCCUUGAUAAUUGUACAAGCUUAUUAGCCUUUCAUGCUCUUAAAACGACAAAUUUUGAGAGGCACCCAGAUCUUGAAACAAUAGGCAAGAAAAUAGCCAAAAAAUGUAAAGGUUCACCUUUGGCAGCAAAGGUAUUGGGAGGUCUUCUACGUGAUAAAGGGAAUCCCGAUCAAUGGGAAGCUAUCUUAAACAACAAAAUGUGGGAUCUUCCAAUGGGAGAAAAUGAUGAGGUUAUUCGAGUUUUGAAAUUGAGCUAUGUCCAUCUUCCUUCUUAUUUGAAGAGAUGUUUUGUUUAUUGUGCAAUAUUUCCCAAGGAUUACGAAAUUGAGAGGGAUGAGCUGGUGCACUUAUGGAUAGCGGAGGGUUUUUUUGAUGGAAGAAGAUCAAAGGAUAAUAUCUUGAAAUGGGGACAUACUCACUUCAAUGAGUUAGUAUCUAGAUCAUUUCUUCAACAAUCAAGUGUCAACGCGUCUAAGUUUUCAAUGCAUGAUCUUUUGAAUGAUCUAGCAAAGUCAAUUGCGGGUGAGACAUGCUUUAACUCUGCAGAUAAUGAAGAUGAUGCAUCUCCUGGGAAAGUUCGUUAUGCAUCAUUCACCUCGCCAGAGUAUGUUUUAUCAAAAUGCAUAAGAGCAUAUCAUCAAAUGAAGGUACUAAGGAGUUUAAUAUUCUUGUAUGAGAGAUCUAGUUGGGGUGACAAGUUUAGCAUUUCCAACAAAGUGCUACAUGACUUGCUAACAAAAUUGAAGUACUUAAGGGGGUUCUCCUUAAGUCAUUGUUACAUCAUAGAGGUUCCGGAUUGUGUUGGUGAUUUAAAAUAUCUUCGCUAUCUCAAUUUCUCGUACACAAAUAUAGAAAGGCUACCUGAGUCGAUCGGCAACUUGUGCAAAUUACAAGCUUUGAUCUUGAAAGGUUGUCAUCGGCUUUCUUUGUUGCCUCAAGGAAUCACAAAAUUGGUCAACUUACAGUUUCUUGAUAUUAGAGAUACAGGGAGUCUAAAGGAGAUGCCAUUGAGCAUCAGUAAUUUGAAGAAUCUUAUGAUCUUGUCCAAGUUUGUGGUAGGACCAGACGAAGGGUCACGGUUAAAGGAGUUAAAAAACUUGCCAUACCUUCAAGGAGAAUUGUUCAUGUCAGAAUUGCAAAAGGUGGAAGAAGUCACAGAUGCAGUAGAUGCUAAUUUAAUUGGAAAGAGAGGCCUUAGCAACUUAUUCUUGCACUGGGGUGAAAAUUUUGGAAAUUUGCGGAAUGGGAAGCGUGAAGCACUGGUGCUUCACUCUCUGCGACCUCACACUAAUCUUGAACAUCUUUCUAUCUCACACUAUGGUGGUGCAAGAUUCCCCUCAUGGUUAGAUGGUCCAUCUUAUUCUAAGAUAGUUUCGUUAUGCUUACGGGAUUGUCCUAAUGUCGCAUCGCUUCCACCACUUGGACAACUACCUUCACUUCGAGAAUUAUCUCUUAAAGGUCUACAUGCAGUAAGCACGAUAGGCCCUGAAUUUUAUGGAGGUAAAAUGCCUUUUUCAUCCUUAACAACUUUGAAGCUGGAAGAGAUGUUGGCAUGGAAGGAUUGGUCUCGUUAUGCUGGAUGUCAAGAAGAAGACAUCCCAUUCUCUUGUCUUCAGCAUCUAGUUUUCCGGGGAUGUCAUUCGUUGGUCGGGACAUUGCCUGGUCAACUUGAUCUUCUCGAGAAGCUAGAAAUUCAUUCAUGCCCGUAUUUAAAUAGCUCAACCAAUGUGGUUUGUCUCUCAUCUCUUUGUGAGUUAUCCCUUAAGGAUUGUAACGAGGAGAUCUUAAAAAUCUUUGUAAACUUAACUUCUUUGACCGUUCUCAUAAUUGAGAAUCUUGCAGAGCUUGUUUGCUUUGAUCAUGGGUUUACUAGCUACUUGGUUAAGCUAAAGAAGCUUUAUAUAGGGCAGUGUGACAAGCUAAACUACUUGUGGCAAAAUGGAAAUGAGAUGCAAAAUCUUGCUUGCCUUCAGAGUGUAGUCAUUGAUGGUUGUCCUCAAUUCACAUCUUUUGUGGCUGGAGACGGAGAAAUGGAGCUAUCUUGCAGCCUUGAAAAGAUGGAAUUGAGAAAUUGCGCAAGUUUAGAAAAGCUUCCAAGCAAAAUGUACACAUUAAGACGUUUGUGGAUUAGUAAUUGUCCAAAAAUCAUGAGACUAAUAAUUUCUCAAGAUGACCCCAGCAGCAAUAACUCAAUAUCUCAACUUGAAUAUCUUAACAUAAGUGGAUGUGAUUCUUUGAUAUCCUUUCUGUUUACUAAGGGUAGACUUGCUUUUCUAAAGGAGCUUUUUAUUAAGGAUUGUGAAUGGGUUGAGAUCACAACAGAAUCGCUGGAUUGGUUGAUUAUAGAAAGAUGUAAGAAUUUGGUGAGUCUACCACGGUGCCUUCACACGCUCUCCCAUCUCACUUGGUUGAAUCUACAAAGCUGUCCAGCAUUGGAGAUAGAGGACUUCCCUCCCCUUCCCAUCACCCUGGUGAUACUUGGACUUCAUUCGAUUCCUAAGAUGAAGUCUUUACCAAAGGAGUGGCAUCAUCUUAUGUCUCUCCGGGAGCUAUCAAUUUCGGGCUGUGAAAAUAUCAAAUGCUUGCCCGAAGGAGGUUUGCCUCCCAAUUUGUGGGAGUUUUUUAUUACUGAGUGCGAGAAUAUGAAGCAACCGCUGAUAGAAUGGGGCUUACCCAUGCUCACGUCCCUCGAUUAUCUGGGAAUGGACGGAAGAUGCAUGGGUGGGGAGGGAGACAAGGUGUGGUUUCCUUCGGAGGAAGACAACGAGGAUGCAUGGAGUCUUCUCUUUCCUUCCUCUCUAACCGAUCUUAGCAUUUGAGCAAUAUGAGGAAUGUGGAAAGACUAUCAAGUGGCCUUCGCAACCAUCUCUCCUCUCUCCAAGUGUUAUGGAUUUCCGAUUGCCCGAAGUUGAGGGACUUGCCAGAGGAUGGCCUCCCUCCCUCCCUCCACCAGUUGUCCACAUAUAAAUGCGAGAAUCUGAAAGAUGGAUGCUCAAAACACACCGGCGUCUAUUGGCCCCUCAUCAAAGAGAUCCCGGUCAUCGACAUCCGAUAAAAUGAUUCGUCCUGGGACAGUCGGGUUUUCUAGGGUUCGGGUAAGUUUACGGUCUUGAAGGCAUCGGUUUCCAUUCUGUUUCCUCAACUCGAUGCUCAAU